AGCAAACCCAAAAAAUAUAAAUCAGGAAUUUGAGUUUAGGAAUUGCAGAUUUUACUAUUAACGAUUAAGUAACGAUUGGAUUACAUUAACACUGGCAAUAGUAGUAAAAAGAAAUUUAUUUCUUACGUCUUGCAACGACUGGUACAAACUGAUAUACAAAGGAGAUGCUUCAAUGCAAGGUUUUUGAUUAAAUGAAAUGUUGAACGGGGUUGUAAAAGUGUAGAUUAAGAGUUGGGAUUAGAAUUUUGAUAGGAUUAAGGGAGGAAUUAAGUUUAAAAUCUGAGCCAGCGCUGAUUUAGAAUAAUCACUUCAUGUAGUCCCGAUAUGUCAGUUCGCCAAAUAUGGCAGCAGUAGAAGUAUAAAAUAUUGAACAUCGUGUCAAAAGUUUUAAAUUAUUUUAUUUUGAGUUCAUUUUUACGAAAAGAAAUUAAAGAAUGAGUUUAGUAGCGGCCGUUUUUCCAUUCUUCACUGGUUAUUAUAUUUUAAACGUUCUUGCGUCUAUAUCUUAUGUCGUAUUAAAGACCUUACAUCCAAUAUGUGAAUGGUUCUUUAAAGAGGGCGAAAGAUGUGAAUUAAGUUUGUCUGAUUGUGAAGUACUAGUUUUUGUUGGAGUUGUCUUAGCAUUCAAGAAUUCAAAAUGGAAAAAGGAUGUAAACAAAGAUGUCUUUGGAAUGGCUUGUGGAUUUUUUAAAGCAGUCAAUUUAAUUUUAUUCCUAAGAUCCGACUGGCGACUUUUCAUUGUCUAUGCAGUAUUUUGUACAGUUCUUUUCAUUGCUGUUCCUGAGCCGCUAUAUACUGGACCUGAUUUAGUUCAACUUUUCAAUGCAGUCUCUCUGGAGGAGGCAUUAAGAGAAAAUCCUGAAGUGACUUACCUUAUUGAGUUCUACACUGUUUGGUCACCACCCUGCAAGAGAUUAGCAGAACCAUUUGCUGAGGUCUCACUCAAGUGUGACAGCAAAUAUCUCAAGUUUGGUAAAAUUGAUCUCGGUCGAUACCCAGCAGUUGCACAGAAGUAUAAUAUUGAUGAUUCUGUGGCAUCAAAACAACUCCCUACACUGAUCCUCUUCCAAAAUGGCAAAGAAGUAAAAAGACGGCCUGUCAAAUCAACAGGACGUGAUGGGAAAGUUUUUCCAUUUCAUUUCACAAAGGGUAAUAUAGCUCACGCUUUUGAACUGAAAUCGUGUUUGGAAGCGGCAAAAAGUAAAGUUGAACGAGAUGAAAAAAGGGUCAAGAAAGAGGAGAAGAAGAAAGAUAAGUGAAUGUUUCGCUAAAGAAGAAUUCAGCAAAGGAAUAAUAAGACGUCUUUACGUACACGUUACGUGAGGUUAUAAAGCAUGACUAAGGUCGUCUUAGUAUUAAAUUGCGAGGUCAGAAUUAAUCGUGAAAACUGUUGGACUAUGAUGAGAUCAGUGGCCGAGGCAGAGACUAUUCACAAAGUAAUAUCCGCAGAACUAAUGACAUAAACUUCAACAUCAUUGGACAGAUUUAAACGGAUUGUGAAAUUUGAUUAAAUACAUCGAUA